CGGCAUUCACGAGCAGAGGUGAUGGCGACUGGGACGCCAGAUUCGCAGGCGCGAUUCGGCCAGUCCGUGAAGGGGCUUCUCACGGAGAAGGUGAACACCUGCGGUACGGACGUGAUCGCCCUCACUAAGCAGGUGCUGAAGGGCUCCCGGAGCUCCGAGAUGCUCGGUCAGGCAGCUCGAAAUAUGGUACUGCAGGAAGAUGCCAUCUUGCACUCAGAAGAUAGUUUGAGGAAAAUGGCAAUAAUAACAACACAUCUUCAAUACCAGCAAGAAGCUAUUCAGAAGAAUGUUGAGCAGUCAUCGGAUCUACAGGACCAGCUGAAUCAUCUGUUGAAAUAGAAUGGCUUAUAAGAAGGCUUUGCCUGAUACUGAGGAGGAAAUAUCUACCACACAAUGCUGUGGGUUUGAUUUUCCAUUUUCUUCUCCAAAAAUUAAGUUAGAAAAGGUCUGUGAUGAUGUACAGUUUCUCCUGAAAAGAAGCUAGGUGGUUGAAUUUUGGAAGCACUUCUUGGAUCAGACUAACCCAUGUUCUUCUUGAAUUUUUAAGUUGCUCUAUUGUUUUAAGGUGCUAUAUUAUUUUGAUGUUAAAGCAAAAUUAAAAGAUGUCUUAGUUAUUCCCAAACAACUUUAAUGUGAAAAGCUAUGUUGUCUAAAUGUGAUUCUAAAACAGACAACAGUAGUGUUUUAAAUUCAGACAUGGAGCUUCUGUUGUGAACAUAGAAUGAUUAAUAUUCUUUCUAAAGAAUUUUUUCUUUUAAUCAUAAGUUCAGAAGAUAUUUUAAUUUCCUCCUCAGAAUGGUGAUGGGUACUUGUUUUCUUUUCUAGUAACUUGGGAGAUACUUAUUUUAUUCAUUAUAGCAAAUAUGUAAAUGAAAAUUAGGCAAAUUGUAUCCUAUCUGGCCAGCUGCAAACUCCUGCCUUGACCUGCAUUCCUAGGGUUUCUUUGUUGUUGUGACUCCUGAUUAUGUGGCCUUGGGUUUAUUUUGUAAUAUUGCUAGUAAUCAGCAGAUUCACUUGUGUGACAUUGUCAAAUGCCAAGGCAGUUGAAUCACUGUGAGUGAUUGCAGCGUAGGAGUGUGCCUUGGGGAAAACCUUAUGUUUGUAGACAUUUAUCUAUGUUCCUUGAAUUCCUCUUGUUAAAUGGCAUUGCCAUUGUAUAUAGUUAAGCGUGACUGUCUUUACUCUGAAUUUGAAAUGGGACUUUCUCCUGUUCCACUUGAGUUCUUACUUUACUAAGGGAUUGGGAGAAAUCUGACAUAAGAAAAUGAAGUUUUCACUGGAAGGAAAAGAAAAUGAGAGUCCAAUUUAAUUCAUAUUAUAUGUCAUCAAAUUGACUAAUCAUAUCAGAUUGCAUUUAUCCUUCACUGUGCAUAUACAUGUUGACUUAAGGUUAAAAAAAAUGAGACAUGAAGGAAUUCACUUUUACAUUUAUUUUAUAUGCUUUUAUUACAAUUAUUAAAUAUAAACAAGCUCAGUUUAACUUAAAUAGAAGGAUUGCAGACUUAGAGCAAAUGUCAUAUUAAGAGUACAACAUUUGAAGUAUUAUCUGAGGAUAUUACUGUCACUGUUUCUAUUCAGUGUUUUUUUGGUGGCAAUGCCUAGGACAGAAAUUAAAAAUAAGUGUAACUAUAGCAAUGAAGGGACAAAAUUAUUAUUAUUGUCAUAUGGUAGGAUUAUCUACUUAGAAAAUCUAAGGACUGAUUUUUUAAAAAAGGUCUCCAAUUUAGAAAGCAAAAGUCUACAACCAUCUAAAUAUCUAAGUACCAAAGAAAUACUUAAAAUGAAAAACAAAUUAAAAUAAAAGUAUGUUCUAUCAUGCUGGGACAAAUAUGAAAAGGCAGUGAUUUCUUACAUUGUAUUUGAAAAAGUAAGUUUCACAAUCAAAAUGUUAAUGGUAAAUGAGAUUAUUUAAUGUAAGGAUAAAAUUUACAUUAAAUAAUA